AUGGCUUACCCAACACGUAGCUGCCCACCGCUUGGAACUCUAGCCUGGGUAUUAGGUCUCGUUGAGUACAUCCAGAUCGCAUUCUUUUCCGCCCUACGCGUUUUCGCAAUCUGGGAUAGGAGCUAUUCCUGGUCGCUUGUGGUGUUUACGCUGAGCAUGGCACCUUUCGCGACAAAUCUGUAUCAAGUAGUGAAAUCGAAGUACGCGUCUGUUAUGGACCCACUCGCCGGAACGACAUGCAUCCAGGAGCGCAUGUUUUCUAUGCGGAUGGUCGGCAUACGUAUGUUUCAUGUCAUGUACAUCACGCGUGGCUCACUCGUGCUCGCCGAUACCAUCGUGCUCGUCUUGACCUGGAUCAAGACGUUCGGACACUGGAAGAAUGCUCGCCGCCUCAAGAUGAAGGUGUCGCUGACGACAUGUCUACUGCGUGAUGGAACUAUGUAUUUUAUAGCUCUGCUAGCGGUAAACAUAGCCCAGAUACUGACUUACGACUCCUCUGGGGGCAUAUCACCUAUGACCAUGUUUGUUGCGUCCCUGCCCUCGUUGUUCAUUAACCGCUUCAUAAUCAAUCUACGCGCGGCCGGCUCGGAAACAUCGGACUACUCUCUGCACAUUGGCGGUCGACAGCAAGGACAGUCGACACUACAAUUCAGGAGGCAAACAGAUCGGCUUGGUAAUAUCGGAGGAACACUGCAGGACGUCUGGGGUGACGAGCCCUGUGACGAAGAGGACGAUGCCGGAAGAGUAGACGAAGAAAGACGUCGUGAGACCGGUGCUGAAGCAUAA